GCCGCCAAUCAAGUCAGUCACUCGCCGGCUGCCGGUGUAAAAUGUCGUGAUUGCGCGCACGUCCGUCGUUCGCGCGCUCCACCGUGGUGCAUCGUCCCAACGUUCCCUGAAGUUGGCUGCGACUCUCACCGCGCGACUCGAGACGUACUUCUCUCGCAACAAGUUCGUAAUAUACCGUUCGCGCGUGACUUCGCGCCGCACGCGGAGAGAGAACUGUCCCGCGCAGAAGGAAUCCGCGUUCGCCGCCAGCGCGGCGCGGGCGCGUUUCCUGCUCCGCGAGUCCGCGCGUGUGUGUCCCCGCCGCGCCGGUGGCUUCCCGCGAGAAGCGCGUUGUGGAGCCGCGCGUUGUGAAACGCGCGCGCGAGCGCGAGCGCGAGCGCGAGUGGGAGCGGACGGCGGAGUGGUUCGGUUCACUUCUCGCGAGGCGGACGACUCGCGGUGCGACGGUUUGUGGCCUGUGUGCUGUGCGUAUAUGUAACAUCCGUAUUAUAUAUAUGUAUACACGAAUGCAUCCCGAUCCGCGAGUGUUUACCUUCGACGACCACCUGUUGCGCGGCUAACCCGCGCACGUCCCUCCUGUGUCACGUUGGAUUAACCGGAUUACGCACGCCGCCCCGAGAUGCCCUUCGCGCCAAGAUAAAUCGUCGACCGUGAAGACCAUUGCUGAGACACCGCGAAAGAAAAGGUGGAUUUGUGAAAUCACAGGCGGAGGAUUCAGAGACGAAGGAAUCUAGUAAGGACGCUGGACGUAGCGGCGACGAAAUGAAGCAUGCAGCAUGCGUGGUAGCGGUGUCACGGCUGUGCGGUCUUGCCGUCAACCCCUGGUGUCCGCCAGCCGCUAUCUCGCCGUUCACGCCCUUUCCGGUGAUCCCAUCAAUUUCAUUGUCGAGGCCAAGUCAAGAGUGAAGGAGGUUUAUACGCAGACAUGCGCACAGCUCAGCCAAGAGGGCAUGCGAGAUUGCGAACUUUUCGGUUUAGCAAUAUUGUCCGACGGCGAGUACUUAUUUGUAGAUCCUGAGAAUAAGCUGAGUAAAUACGCCCCAAAGAAUUGGCGAAACUCUCAUACACAUGGUUUGGAUAGCAGUGGGAGUCCUAUAUUUGUCCUAUAUUUUCGAGUUCGUUUCUACGUCGAUACGCCAUUACUCUUAAGCGAUGAGACGUCACGGCACCAUUAUUACCUGCAACUGCGUGACAAUGUCGUCAGGCAUGGCGGCGGGGUGGAGAGCCUCCAUCCUCACCAUCCCCUUCACGAACCUUCUAUCGUCACACCGCUGUUGGUGCUCGCUGGGCUUGCCCUUCAAGCCGACCUUGGCGAUUAUUCCGAAGAACGUCACAGACCGCAUGCAGGAUCUGUCGGCUAUUGCAAAUCCACGGAUUACCUUCCUCCCCAUAUGUGCCUCGAGUCGAACGUGCUCGCCGUGCUUGCAACCCAGCACAGAGAGUACAGUGGGCUUUCCAGAGAGGAGGCAGAGCUGCAAUAUAUCCGGGAGGCGGUGCUGUUGGAGGCGCCGCUCAACGCUCACCUGUACCGGUUGCGCCGGAGUAAGAACGAGGCGGGGCCGGGGCGCAUACUCCUGGCAAUUUGCGCUCGCGGAGUGCGAAUCUACGCCGAGGAGGAGACACCCCGCGUUUUCGCUUGGAACAAUAUCGGCAAGCUCUCUUUCGAUCGCAAAAAGUUCGAAAUCCGAGCGGUUAUUCAGCCGGAAAAACUCACCCUUUAUAGCGGAUGCGAUGACAAGAGCAAACUCCUCUUGGGACUUUGCCGCGACACCCACCAGUUCUCUAUGGCUAUAGCGCCUAGAGUAAAUGAAGCUAUGAAACGAGAAGAAGAAGAACGGAAAGUCUUGAGGGAUUGUUACAUGUACCCUACACGAUGUAAGUUGAGUUUAACGGCGCGCGGUGCGCGCGGUGAUCAACGAAUUUCCGUCAUCUCGAGUACAUCCUCGAACACAACGUCGGGUAUUGUCAGCGAUCGGGUGCAUAGCGAAGAUGAGCCUGAUACCGCACCAGCUUCGACCGAGUGUUUGCCACGUCUUACCGAGACGGUACCUUAUUCGGACGGCCAGAGUAGGGUUUUAAAUGGCACGAAUGGGGAUACAGACAAUCACUCUAUGUCACCUUCUUCCGUUUCUAUUAUUGAUGAAAUCGACAGCUCCGACGCCACUUCUACGUCGGUGGUGUUGCGCCUCGCGUCAAGUGCUGCGACCGCUGCUGAAGGCUCGCAGUGCAGCAGCAGUUGCAGCACAGUGGUAGUCGUCAAUACAUCCACGGGCGGACCGUCGCGAAUGCGCCGCACCUCGGCGACCUCCAGCUUGGAGCUAGGCUACUCGCAUACGGCGCAAAAUUCGGCGAUCUCCACGGAGACAGCUAGCUUUCCGGGUGCUAUUUAUGACAGGUGUAAGAAGACAGGUAAAUACACAGGUACUGACAUUGCAAGCGAGACUAGCGGCGUGUACACUCUGAGAAGCAGUGAGAUCCAAGAUGAGAGGAUCGGCGACGAUAUGUAUUCUCCUACGGGCGAUACCAACGAGUCCUCGGCGGCGAGCGACGUUUGCGCCUUGAGCUCCGUUCAGUCCACCACCGAUGAAGCGUCUAUCACGUCCGGUUUCUACACCAUUCACAGUGGGUUAAGAUCCGAAAGUAGUGACGUUUAUACGGAGGACGUUGGAGUAGAAGAUCAGGAGCCGAUAUAUAGUCUUUGUAAAAACGACGAUGACGUUGUCUCCCUGAAUCGACAGCUCGAGGAUUCUCGCUCGCGUAGCAAUAGUAUACUCAGCGUAAGCAGCUUCCGAGGCGACGGCAGCGAUCCGUCUAGCGCGAGGCCACGGUUGUCGGCUGACGAGUUGUCGGACCUGAUAGUCGGCAGGUAUCCCCCGCGCAAGACAAUCAGCAAUUCGAUGGACUCGGAUUGUGAUUACGUGACGAUGCCACCACCCCCUCCGCCUCCACCUAGAACGGACAGUGAUCGACAAUUACCGCCACCACCGUAUCCGAUAGAAAACGUCGACUACGCAACGAUUAACGUCUCGAAGAGAUCUAGCAUACCAGAAUUGUCUCGGGAACGUCAACCACCUCCGCCACCACCGUACAACACGACCUACAGUGACUUCGUCCCGUUGCCGCCCAGACGAACCGAUCCACCGCCACCACCGCCUCCUUACACGUCGUCGCGAGAAAGGAUUCAAAUACCACCACCCACCCCACCGCGAAACGAUGCAAUAACGCCGCGAGAACCGCCACCACCCCCGCCUCCUUAUCCUGAUAUAUCAGCGAUCGGCACUGUUUCCAGAGUUACAAAAACCAGUAACGAUAUUGCUGGAAAUAUUGCACCAAAACCUCCGCCUAGAAUCCAACCGCCCACUUACCCAGGCGAUAAAAUGAAACCUACCCCCGUGCAUGCCCCGGUCGCCGCUCUUGUCGUAGGCCCAAACAAUUACCUGGACGUGCACGCUUCCCGAGGCGGUCCGGUACUUCUACCCUAUUUGACAACACCACCGCCACCGCCUCCUCUACCACCACCGCCGAUAAUACAUCCGCGGCAACCGCCACCGCCGCCGCCACCGCCAUCAACGCAACAACCAGCGUCAAGUCUGGCGACUGUCUAUACGAGUCAAGUUUCUCGAUCGCAAAUAGAACAGUACGAACAACAGCUUUGUUCCGACGUCGAUUAUGUUAUGUUUCCGCUCAAGGAUCCUGCGGUGUCGAAGCAAGAGUACAUCGACGCCAAGCAAGGCUCCCUUUUGGCGGCGAUGGCGGCUUAUCCGCCGCCGCCGUAUCCAUCCUUCAACAAGUCUUCGGUGAUGUAUCGUAGCACACCUUACCUUCCUGGUUCCUCUUUUUCCUCGCAAUCCAAAUACGCAUCCAACCAAAAUCUAAGCUCCAGUGAUACCGGCAGUUCUGGUGGAAACUAUCUUCAAAGCAAUCUGAACAGUCACUACGCUGCCAGCACUAGCUCGCUGUACAGCGGUGCAACUUGUUCCUCAACGGGCAGCCAGAGUCUUAGAAGGGAGCCACCUGUGCCAACUCACCCUCACACAUUGGACGCAUUCUCGCGGGCAAGGAGCGACGAGAACAUUCUCAAGUGCUUGGAUACCUUGUUCACAAGCAAGAUACAAUCUCUACCGCAGUCCAAGCAUCGCAGAUUACCGCCACCGCCACCACCACCGCCCUACGAAAUACAGAAUCUUGAAAAAAAUCAACCGUUGCCAUCGUCUUCUUCAGCGGCAACUUCCUCGAGCACCGCGACAACGAACAAACUAAGAAAACUCAGCAAUGGUAUAGAAGAGAAUAACGAAGGAAAAGGCGAUGAUAUGUUGGACAUCCGAACGCUUCGCGAGAAAAGUCGGAAUUUGGAUUUACCAUUAAUUUCCGCGUUAUGCAACGAUCAAUACCUGUUGAAGCAGACGAAGGCCUUUGUUCUGCCGAAGCAUCCCAGCGAGAUAACGUCCACUGCGUCCACGAAGAGCGGUACGCGGAACAGCAACGGCGCGACGUCCAGCAGGAACAAGUAUCCGGUGAGCGGACUGUCGACGACACAAAUUCAGAAACCGCUUAGGAAAUCUUCGACGAGCACUCACAAGCAUCCCUCCGAGACGAAGAGCAAUGCCUACAAAGUCAACGCCUCCUCCGCGGGAGUCUCGACUAUUAAUAAAAAGGACUAUACAAGGUCAUCUCACUCCUAACGCUUGUGUGUAGAUACUCUCUUCUCAUUCAUAGACUUUUAUAGCUCAGGAUGAAAGUACAUUCCAUAAUCCCAUAAUCAUCUAUCGCGCGCGUUACGUCGAUUUAAUUUGUACGACGUAGUAAGGAACUGUACGACAAAUUAGAUAUUGUUCCCGCAAACCGUGCUUCUUUGAUUCAGGGUGCCAUCUUGUUUGUUCGCUCUUUCUUCUUUCUCUUCUUUUAUCACACAAAUAUAUAGAAGCUCCAACUAGAUGAUUGUUUGUUUAUUAUUAGAUUGAUACUUGAACUUUGAUAUUAGACACUAAAGCGUUAUUGUCUCUUGCUCAAUUAUUAUGUUGCGACGAAAAUUCCAUUCAUAAGCCCCGAUAAAGGCGGCGCUAGUCCCGCUCGUUGUUAGGAUAAAUCAUAGAGUUAUUGGCCAUUGCAUACAUGGUAAUCAUAAUGUGAUAAUCUGCAGAGAAUUAGAUAAUUUUAUUUAUGUAUGUAUGCUGCUUGCAUUAUUAGAAGCAAUUUAGGAAUUUAUAUUUUCAGGCGUUAAUAUCGUUUAAUUACGAUACGUUUGAUGUUAUAGAAAAUUUAAAUAGUACAUCUCGAGAUUACCAGCAAUUAAUACGUGCUGAGAGAUAAUUUUAAUUAUUUUAAUCACUGACGUUCCAUUCAACUUACAGAGCUACUCAAGCGAUAAUUCUCUAUUUAUUUUGAAUAUAUAAGAAUUAAAUUAUAAUAACAUUAGAGUACAAUUAUGUAUAUUGUUUUUGAUACGAUACUUAUGGAGAAUCCUAUGAUGAAAGUGAAUAUUGCAUAGGUGGCCAAUAAUGAUAUAGUUUACCCUACUCUAGUUUAUCUUAUAUCGUAAAAAAAGAGAAAUGACUUCCUUAAUAUAAUCACAGAAUAUACAUAUAUAUUUCGGAUGAAAACAUUUAUGUGAUUAUUGUAAUUAGAAGGAUAGUAACUAUUCUAUAAUUUUCAGGAGUAAUAUUUAUUACCGAGCAAUUUUCCGUCUCUAUUCUUCAAUAAUAUUUUAACCAGUGCUUAUUCCAAAGCACACCGUUAUUAUCAGAGCAUCUAAUUAAUGCACGUACAGUGCUGUUAGCAUAGCUAAUUCUUUUUCUACUUUUGUAAUUGACGUAGUUCAAUAUUAUAAAGCUAUCACCCAAAUUUACUGACGCAAUGGAGAAACUGAUUGUUAAAUUUAUAUGUAAUGUUCUUAAGUGCAAUGCGCAAGAUACAUAUAACAUAUUUUAACGUUUUAACGUUUUGCUUUUUUCUAAACACUUUAAAUGUUUAUACAAUUUAAAUCUAUCUUUAAAGUAUUUCGACAUACCUCGAAAGUAUCUCGAAAUAAUGAACUCGUUCGUUUCUCACAUUAAUUGCAAUAUUAUAAAUUUAACGUAAAAAUUAAUUUUAUCUUCGAUCUUGUAAAAGAUCGAUAUCCCUAUAAUCAUAAAUAAAGAGAAAGCAACGAUUUAAUAAAAUUGUUAUAAUAAAAGAACAACAAUUUAGUCGUAAAAAUAGCUUACAUUAAUUGUCAUUAGAUUAAUAUUAUUUUACAAAUUUCGCAUUUGUACAUAAUAUUGCGUAACAUAAUACUGCGUGAUUUUAUAUGUAGACGAAAAUCUCGUGUGUAUGUAUCCCACGCGCCAUCUCAGUUAUAAAUAAAUGAAUGUCUUUUGUAAUAAAAGACAAUUUUUGUGGAAAUAUAAAUAAAGCGUAAAUUGAAUUGUUGUAUUUUA